AUGGUUUUGCCCCUGUGCUCUGGAGACGAAGGCUUUUGGCACGAUGGGCGCGUCUCGGCGUGUGUCUCCCGCGACGUGCUGGGCUUCUUCGUGCCUUUGGCCGCCGCUGCCGUCUCCCUCGUGGCUCUGUGCAUUUGUCUCGCACUGAUGCACACAACUGCUGGACACGAAGCACGGCAUUAUUCCGUUGUCGGCGGCAUCGGCGACCAGGCACAAAUCCAAGAUGGCCACGCAGCCGCACCCGAGCCAGAUGAGGACGAAGAGGAAGAGUAUCUGAUCAGCUGGCUCUUCACGGGAGAAGAAACCCCCCGGGGAAGUUCUCUUCGCGGCUCACAAACAGAGCACGGAAGUCAGAACGCAGCAGAGCCGGACAACGAGGGUUUUGGUGUGCGUUUUGUCAACAACGACGCGUAUGAGGCGCCUCAGGUCGUUGUCACUCCAUCACCAACCGCGGCGGUCAUCGAAGCGUUGGCCAUCUUCGCGGACGCUUUGGUACACUUUUCUUCCUACAUGAUGUUUCCCUUCGAAAACACUUUUCGCACCCUCAUCACCCCGAUCAUCAUGGCCAACUACCUGUUUGCACUCGUGGUCAGCCGGAUUUGGAGCAAGACCGGUCGACAUCGAUCUACCUUCCAGAAGCAUUCCUUUACUCUGUACGCGAUGCAGUGGUUUUGCUUGCUGGUAUCGGCGCACUCUUCUCUGGUGCAAAACAAAAACAAGCUCUGGGCCGCUCUAGCCUUGCUUCGUCUCGCUGCCUUCACCACCCUACUUGCCCUGCAUGCGACAGCACCGCGGCAGUCGACGGGGAACCAGGAUGAGUACAUGUCCCAGAUGACUGAGCCAGCAAUCGAGGACACAUCGAGUUUGUUUUCGCUCCUCACCUUCUCUUGGAUGACAAACUACGUGGUCAAAGGCCAGAGAUCUUCACUUGGGCAGCCCGACCUCGGUCAUCUUGGGCAUGAUCAGAAAGCAGCACGGCUGGCCGCCGCAUAUAGGCAGACGCCGAGCUCGCUAGCAAACACUGCGAAACUUCUCAUUCAUUUUCUGAAGGGCGACAUUUUCAUUCAAGGCAUUUGGGCCGUGUCCAUGAGCAUCAUGCUCUUUGCCCCGGCCGAGCUUCUACGGGCGAUUCUGACACAUCUCGACCAGCCAGAGUACAUCCACCACAGCACGGUCUGGCUCAUUAUCUUGGGAAUUUUUGUCUCAAAACUUCUUACUGGGAUCGCCACCACUCAGUGCGACUGGGCAGGCGCCAAGCUCGAGGCUAAGUUGAAGGGAGUGCUGCUCAACGAACUCAUGGCCAAGGCAACGCGACGAAGCUCCUCGCGGUGGUUCCCCCAACCCAUGGGGGCCAUCAAUCAGCAGGAGCCUACAGACUCCGUUUGCGUCAAGACGCUCAUCGGUCUCAUCAAGGUGGACGCAGACGUUGUGAGCACUCUAGGCAGCCACAUACACGUUUUGUGGCUCAGCGGCCCUGUGCAAGUCCUCGCCGCCAGUUUCGUUCUUUUCAACAUCGUCGGCAUGAGUGGCCUUGCCGGCGUGGCCUGCUCUUUUGCCUUGCUCCCCCUUUAUCCGCAUUUGUUGAGAAAGCAGACUGCGGCGGAGCAGCAUAAACUUCAGAUUGCGGAGACGAGAUCGACGCUCAUGGCCGAGUUUGUGUCUGGCAUUCGCAUCAUCAAAUACUACGCCUGGGAAGCCUGCUUCCAGAGUCGCGUUUCUGCACUCCGCGAGGCAGAACUCACAAAGUCUCGGGAGCGGAUGUUUUGGUGGUCCGUUUCCAUGACGGUCGGGUACUCAAUGCCGCUCGCUACGACGACGGUGACUUUGUUCCUGCACUGCUUUGUGGCCGGGCAUCGGCUUACAGCCGCGACCUUCUUUCCAACACUUGCCGCUUUUGCUGCUCUACGAGCUCCGUUGGACCGUCUCUCGGACAUUACCGGUUUUUUCCCAGCCGCCCGAGCCUCAAUGCUCAGAAUCACGGAAUUCCUCACGGAGCCCGAUGUCCCCCAGCCACCUUCCCCACGACAGCGUCUUGACAUCGUUGGAUUCGAAGGCGCCUCGUUCAGAUGGACCAAUUCGGGCACGCAAGUACCUGAAGAGACGGAACCACUGUUGGUGUCACCACCAACAGAGUUCGGACUCACUGAUGUGAGCAUCUCUUUUGCCGUGGGCAAAUUCAAUGCAGUCGUUGGCCACAGAGGAGCUGGAAAGUCGUCGCUCCUGUUGGCACUCUUAGGCGAGAUGGAACUCGUCACUGGUCGUGUCCAUCUUCCGGUCGACGAGGACAGCACACGAUCUCUUCGAGCACGUUAUCCGUUUUGCCCCUCCGACUCGGUCGCCUACUGCGCUCAGACGCCCUGGAUCCAGAACGACACUCUUCGAUCCAACAUAACCUUCGGGCUUCCAUUUGAUUCGUGGCGUUACAAGUCUGUGCUCGAGGCUGUCGCUUUGAUGCAUGACCUACCGCAACUUCAGAACGGCGACCUCACCGUCGCAGGCGAAAAUGGCUGCUGCCUGUCGGUCAGUCAGAGGCAGCGCUUGGCACUCGGUCGAGCUCUCUACAGCACUGCCAAAGUAGUCCUCAUCGACGACCUGCUCAGCGCGCUUGACAACUCCACGGCCAAGCACGUGUUGCUCAGAGCCAUCAAAGGGCCUCUGAUGUAUGGCCGAACUUGCAUCGUGGCAACUUGCCAAGCUCGGAUGGCUGUCCCAUUUUGCGACUUUGCCGUCCGUCUCGACCAUGGCAAGGUUUCGGCCCAGGGAACGCCGCAAGAGCUCGUCGCCGCUAGAGCUGUGUCUCGCAAUCUUCUCACGGACUUGCCUGAGAUAUUCAAAAACGUGCCGCCGCUGCCGGAUAUUCCGUACAAGGAUACGUUUCUGUCCAAGAACUUUUCGAGGGUGCCGACGGACCGACCCAAGGACGCGAUCGUGACGCAGUAUGAAGUGGACAAGCUGGGCGGCACUGCUAGCUGGGCGGCUCUGAACACUUACAUCCGAGCGAUGGGACCGCUGCACUACCUGCUGGCAGUACUUGGCGCAUUUGCUGCUCAGCAGGCGCUCAUGUUGACGUUGAGCCUCUGGGCCACCACAUGGAUCGCGGCGGACGAUACCUCAAGCGUUGCUCGACCCGGACUCUACGUUGGCACCUUCGCUGCCAUGGUUGCUGUCUACGUUCUCUCAUGCCGACUCAGCGACGUGGCAGCAUGCCGUAGUAUCGUGGCGGCAUCCCGGUCGAUUCAUGAGCGUCUAGUCACCGCCAUCUUCCACGCAACAUUUGGGUUCUUGGAACAGACGCCUACUAGAGAGAUACUGAGGCGAUUCACCAACGACGUGGAUACGGUGGAUCAGGACCUGGCAGCGCUGUUCCUCAGCACCCUGCAGCUCUCUUCGAAACUUGCCAUGAGCCUGGGCGUCAUCUCAGUCAUUUUCCCCUUGUUGUUGCCCGCGGCUGCAUUUUCCUGUCUGGCCUAUGUGGCAUAG